AGAAAUUCUAGAAAAUCCUGUGAAAUUUGGCACUUUUUGUGUAGUGAGGUGUGUAAAUUACAAGAAGUUUUUUGUGUAUAAGAAAGACAAUACAUUGAUAAACUUUUGUGUUUAUUCUGAGAAACUUUCGUGUAAAUCCUGAGAAAGUUUUGUGUAAAUUCUGAGAAACGUUCAUGUAAAUUCUGAGAAAGUUUUUGUAAAAUCUGAGUAAUUGCUGGAAAUGGGUGCUCUGGAUUGCGUGAACAGGAUGACUGGUAGCACUGAUGUAUUCACUGUGAAUAUGAACUCUGAUACAUCGUUGGACAAGCCGAGGAAAGAUCCAGAAUCUCAGCUGCUGCAGUCAAAUACCCUGGGAUGUAACAUCAGAUGGGCGCUACUGGUAGAUCUGCCAAUAUUUGUUAUAGUGUUCGCAGUCAUCGGUCUAUACGAGUUGAACGUGAUCCCUCAGUUACAAGCUGGCUUCUACUGCAACGACCCGAAACUGUCCUUCGUCUUCAACGGUGAUACUGUGUCUUCUGCUGUGCUGAUGUCUUCUAUUCUGCUGCUGCCGCUCGUCACGGUUUUCGUCACCGAACUAAUACUGUACGACUCUAACUCGGAGCGGACUCGACUCAAAUACAGCAUGCGGAAGACCCUCUCUAUCUACCGGAGCUACUCUUACGGGCUCUUCGUCAACUUCAUCGUCGUGGAAGUCAUGAAGGCCGUCUCAGGCAGCCCCCGACCCAUAUUCUUCGAUGUCUGCCAGCCAGACGCCGCGUUGACGUGCAAAGACUCCGAAUGGGUGAGCAGUUUCAAGUGCACCCCCAACAAAUACUCAAGCUGGAUGCAGACCGACUCCUACCACAGCUUCCCUUCAGGACACACGUCUCUGUCAGUGCUAUGCGGCUUCUUUACAGCUUGGUACCUCCAGAAGCGAGCGUUCAGCUGGCGGAACAAGACCAUAUUCUUGGUCCCUUUACUCCAGAUGCUCUGCAUCAGCUACUCUGCCGUCUGCUCCUUCUCGAGGAUCACGGACCACCGGCACCACUGGUGGGAUGUACUGGUUGGGGCCAUCGUGGGCUUCGUCACCCUUUUCUAUACGGUUAUGCUCAGCAAAAACUUCGAGAGGAGAAGGUGGACACGAGACAGAGUGAUGACGUCCAGCCAGCAGACGGUUCAGACUUUUGACGGCCAGAUGUCUACCGCGUAGACAGCACUGAGAAAAGAAGAGAGACUGAUCAAGGAAGAUAAAGAACAGAAGAAAACAUAUGUAUGGACGCUCCACAUCACAUCAGUUUAGCCUAAUGAAGAAAAGUUUGUUUGCAUCGAAAAGACUCCGAUACUCCUGGGCCGAUUUUGAUGAAACUUGACAAACACAGAGUAGGCCACGGGUAAGGAUAAAGGAUACUUCUUAUUGCGUGAAAUUGAAGGAUUGCCGCGGGAUUCUAUUUUACGAGAGCGAAACCGCGCGCAAUUUCUAGCAGCAAUUAUUUAUUUGAAGAACAUAAUAGAUAUUUAGAUUGUAGUAUAAACUGAUGAAGAGAGAAGAAAGACAAUAAAGAUGAUGGUUUUACAAAGUGCUCAGCUGAUUGCUGAUUUUUACCAAUAUUCCUCUACCAAUUCUACCAUUCACUUAUAAGUAAAUAGGAAGUCUGUUUUAGAGUUAUUUGUACUUUCAGAUAUUAAAGUAAUUCUAAAUGGAGUAUACAAUCAGUAUUUUACAUUUAAUUUUGAGAUACCAUGUACAAGUUAUAUUAUUAUCAAAUUGUAAAUA